GAAACUUCCGGCUCUGGUUGACGGCGGUAGUUGCAGUUUAGCUAUGCGGUCCCAGCUCCUGCGGGUUGCUUCUCGGUGUUUGUGGGCCCGCAAGAUUGUCAGCCCUGCCCGCCGGCACCUCAGCUGCGGUAGCCUGCCGCUGGAGGAGCUGUUCGCCCGCGGCGGGCCCUUGCGGACCUUUCUGGAGCGCCAGGCAGGGUCUGAAGCCCAGUUGCAGGUCAGGGGGUCUGAGCUGCUGGCGACGGCCAAACUGCUGAGCGAGAAGGAGCGGGAGCUGCAGGAGACCGAGCACUUGCUACACGAUGAAAAUGAAGACUUAAGGAAACUCGCAGAGAAUGAAAUAUCCUCCUGCCAAAAAGAAAUAACGCAGCUGAAGCAUAAGAUUAUUUUACUUUUGAUUCCCUCAGAAGAAACAGAUGAAAAUGAUUUGAUCCUGGAGGUAACUGCAGGAGUUGGGGGUCAGGAGGCAAUGUUGUUUACUUCAGAGAUGUUUGAUAUGUAUCAGCAAUAUGCUGCAUUUAAAAGAUGGCAUUUUGAAACCCUGGAAUAUUUUCCAAGUGAAAUAGGUGGCCUUAGACAUGCAUCUGCCAGCAUUGGGGGUUUAGAAACCUAUAAGCACAUGAAAUUUGAAGGAGGUGUGCACAGAGUACAAAGAGUGCCGAAGACAGAGAAGCAAGGCCGCAUCCAUACUAGCACCAUGACUGUAGCAAUCUUACCCCAACCGACCGAGAUUAAUCUGGUAAUUAACCCGAAAGAUUUGAGAAUUGAUACUAAGCGAGCCAGUGGAGCUGGAGGACAGCAUGUAAAUACCACAGACAGUGCUGUCCGGAUAAUUCAUCUUCCAACAGGUGUUGUUUCUGAAUGCCAACAAGAGAGAUCUCAACUGAAAAACAGAGAGAUGGCUAUGAAAAAGCUACGUGCAAAACUGUACAGCAUGUAUCUAGAAGAAGAAACAAGGAAAAGAUAUAGUGCUAGAAAGAUUCAGGUUGGAACUAAAGGAAGGUCAGAGAAAAUAAGAACAUAUAAUUUUCCACAGAACCGAGUCACAGAUCACAGAAUAAACAAGUCACUUCAUGAUCUUGAAACUUUUAUGCAGGGGGGGCAUCUACUGGAUGAACUUGUACAGUCCUUGAAGGACUAUGCUGAUUAUGAAUCUCUAGUAGAAAUUAUUUCCAAAAAAGCCUGACUUAUUAUUAAAGACUUAUAGCUUAUGAAAAUUCACAGCAAAUUA